UUGCAUUUAUGCAUCGCAGCCUCCUCUUUUGACCUCUCCGUUGGACAGAAUCUAAUGUGCCAUCAGCAGAUCAUCAAGCUCUUCGGCCUUGCAUGGCACACUGAGGAAAACACCCUCAGACAGAAGUUCGAGGAGUUUGGUGCUGUUGAAGAAGCUGUUGUUGUCAAGGACCGCGACACUGGCCGCAGCCGUGGAUUCGGCUUCGUGCGAUACCAGCAGGAGGGAGAUGCUCAGAAGGCCAUUGCCGCCAUGAACAAUGUCGAGUACGCUGCCUUUGUUAAUUUGCGGUUUGACGGACGCACUAUCCGCGUCGACAAGGCUUCCGACAACGGUCCCCGUGGAGGCGGUGGUGGCUUCGGCCGCGGCGGUUUCGGCGGCGGACGUGGCGGCGGCGGCUACGGCGGCGGCGCUCCCAUGCAAUACGGAGGAUACGCCCCUGCCCCCAACAUGUACCAGCAGCAGCCCCAGUACGGACGCGGCUACCCCCCGCAGCAGCCCUACGGUGUUCCUCCCCAGGACGGCGGCUACGCUGCCCCUCCCCCGGCCGGCUACGGCUACCCGGCGGACCCGUCUCAGCAGCCCCAGGGCGGCCGAGGCUACUAA